CCAUUCCAUCAUCAAAACAUCAAAAUCGCUUGAACGGAACGGAACGGCUUGCUGCUGCUGUUCGAAUAUAUACGAGUGACACACAAAAGAAGCAGGAAAAAAAGGAAAAUUUUCAACCAUCGUUCGGUUCUUGAAUGCUAGGUGGUGGUUUCUGUUUAGUUAGUUCUGCACAUUUGGAAAAUUGUCUGCAUAUUGUGCUCCUGAAUCAGGGGCGCAUUUAUCCACACCCCCCUCUCCCUUAUGACACCCUGCCUCCGGUAGAACUCCACCGUAAUCAAUCGCUAGCAGCAUGGAAAUCAACGAAACGUUUUUCGCGACCAGAGACAACGUCCCGAACCGGGAUACCUGUCUGCUGGUGAACAAAACCAAACUCAUCAUCACUCUGUACGAGGGCAUACCGGAAACGCUACUGCUGAACGUGAUAGCCUGGGUUUUUCUGAUCCUGUUGUUUGCUCUGCUCCGACAGCAGGCAUGGGACUACGGUCGGCUGGCGCUGGUCAACAGUCAUGGCGAAAAUAAACGGUGGACUCAGCUGUUUUAUGCCCAUGGUGGUGUUGGCAGCCGGGCUGGUCUAGAGACAACCGAUUCUAGUAUAGCGAUUGACCGAGGGUUCUUCUCGUGGAUUAUUGCGACAUGGAAGCUUACCAGAGAGCAAAUUUUGAUGCAUAGUGGUCCGGAUGCGGUUCACUAUCUGUCCUUCCAGCGGCAUCUGAUGGUCGUGAUGGCAAUCAUGACAACUAUUUCAAUUGCCAUCAUUCUACCGAUUAAUUUUUCCGGAACGCUGAGCGGAGAUUCAAAUUCGUUCGGACACACGACAAUAGCGAAUCUGGAUCCGGAAUCGUCCCUGAUGUGGGCUCACGUGUUCUUUGCGAUUGCUUAUGUGCCGAUGGUAGUGCUGAUAAUGCGUCGAGCUUCCGGCAGAAACGCAUUUAAGACAGCCCCAACCAGAACGGUGAUGGCAACCAAUGUGGCACAGCCAGAUUGUGACAAGAGAGCUAUCCGCACAUAUCUGCAGCAGCUGUUUCCGGAUGUGGUCAUCGAUGACAUUCAAUUGGCGUACAACAUUAGCAGCUUGAUUAAGGCAGCUGAAGAGUACGAGAGGAUUGUCGAAGCGAGAAUUUAUUGCGAGGUACAUCGAGGUCGAGAUCGGGAACCCAUUCAAGCCAAAACACGAUUUUUCACUUGUGAAAAGGUUGAUGCCUUGGAGUACUACAAAGAGGAGGAGGCUAGACUGGCAGGUCAAGUAUCUCGAUUAAGAGCAUCCGCAUUGAAUGAACCGUUGGGAAUAGCGUUUAUAACUCUCAAUUCAGCUCAGGAGGCACAACAUGUGAUUCUACAUUUCAAACCAGGCACAUACCGAGAUUGGGACAUGACAUUCGCACCGGCACCGUCCGAUAUUUUCUGGGAAAACUUAAACAUCGAUACUGCGCAAUGGUACUGCAAAUGGAUCACAGUCAAUUUGAUAUUGUUCUUGUUCCUGUUUUUCCUGACCACUCCGGUGAUUAUCGUCAACGCACUGGACACGUUUUCACUGACGAAGAAUACAACUUCACAGAUAAGUAAAGUCAGCCCCUUGAUUUCGGAAUUCUUGCCAACGCUGUUGCUGUGGUCUCUGUCGGCGUUAAUGCCGGUAAUCGUGGCUUACUCGGACACGUGGCUUUCUCACUGGACCAGAUCUCGGCAGAACUACGUCAUAAUGACCAAGACCUUCGGCUACUUGCUGUUCAUGAUACUUAUCUUGCCAUCACUCGGAUUGACCAGCGCGGAAACUUUCCUUCAAUGGACUAUCCAGGCAAACGAAACCUAUCGCUGGGAAUGUAUUUUCUUACCCGACAAGGGUGCAUUUUUCGUCAACUAUAUCAUCACAGCGGCAUUCAUCGGUACUGCUCUGGAGUUGAUUCGCUUCCCCGAUCUCAUUUGCUACAUUUGGAAGCUGGCUACGGCAAAGUCUCGGGCUGAAACGCCGUACAUCCGCAAGUCGAUACUGAUUACGUUCCCGUUUGGAAUUCAUUACGCCUGGAUGGUCAUGGUGUUCACGAUGAGUACGGUUUACAGCCUGGCCUGUCCACUGAUCAUGCCAUUUGCCAUGGUUUACAUUCUUCUGAAGCACUUCGUGGAUAAACACAACCUAUUCUUCGCAUUCGCUCCAUCCAACAUGAUCAGUCAGGGCAGCGGUGGAAAGAUACACAGCACUGCAGUUACGAUGACUAAAUUUUCCGUUGUGACACUGCUGUCCAUCAUGGCUGCCCUUGCUUGGGUCCGUGCCGGGGAACUGAAAAUACGAGCCAUCAUACUCAUUCUGGCCCUCUGCCUGACCUUGUUCAUGUUCACUUUCAUGUCACCGAUCAAACGGUGCACCACUAAACCACUAAGUAUCGUGGAAACGGAGGGACCUGCCCCUGUCUAUGUGGCCGAUGUACUCAUCAAUCGGCGGAUGGUGUCGGACAGUCCGUCCCAUUUAAGCUACGGGUCGGAUACCACGAUGGACAUUGUGAUGAAUGAUGCCGGGCGGAGUGUAACGGCAUAAACUGCGUCCAUUCCGUUUGCAGUUGGUUUCAGUUUGCUCAUGCUUUCUCUCUCUCUCUUUGUUCAUUAUUAAAAUGUGGUUUCUGGCUGUAGCUGGUUAUUCGAUAAGUUGAGAAUCAGUUUAAGAUUUUGUAGGCUUUUAUCUAUUAACAUAUUUUUUACGUAGUCUAAUUUAAUUCAACUUAAAUUAUUUGUACUAUUUUUACCCUUGCGUAAUGUUCAACGGUCCGAUGAGAGUGUAUGCCGUUUAUCGUCUAGAAUCGUUCUUGUAUUCAAGUAAAAGAUUAACGAUUAACUGUGUUGAAAUCGACUAUGUUUAUAUAGAAUCUAAUUUGUAAGAAAAAUGAAAGGUAUUAGUUUAUUUUGCAGACAGAGUACUAAAGACUUUCGGUCCUAAACUUCAUCGUUAAAAAGAUUAACAUGUUCAAUUCUGUAUAUUUUGCUCCCUAACGACACGUAAUUUCCUGGUUACAGUAAAACAAAACUUUUAAAUCAGCUAAGAACUUAUGCCUUCCUAACGUGAUAAUUGGUAUUAUAGAAGUACAGCUCGGUGAUGCCAGGAGCAGUAAAUAAAACACUAGUUUGAGUGCACGUAUUAAACUGAACAUCUCGAAAGGGCCUGACCUUAAGUAGAUGGAAAACCACACUCAUUUUAAUGCACUGCAAAGAUACUUCACACAUUCGAAACGAUUUA